AUGACUGCACGAAAAGCCUAUGUGAUGAAUGCAGAUUAUAACGAAUAUCCUCAUCCGCAAAUGGCAACACUAUUUGAUUUUUCUCGAAGAGCUGUGAUAACAACAAAGAAGCAAGAAAAUGCUGAACAUCCGAUUUCUCUAUCACAUACUGCAUCACGAAAGAUUAAUCAACUCAAGCGUCCUUCCAGAAGUAUAUGCGUUUGGCCGAUGGGUAAAUUUGGCUCGGAAUGUUAUUUAAAACACGAACUAGCGGACACAUCGCCUGCAAACAAUGGAGUUUAUGUUCCAUUAGAAGAUCGGUCCAAUCACAAGGCAUUUGUACAUCUUUGUCGAGGGGAGUUCUAUGGUGAAAGAUGUGAACAUCAUCGAAAUCAAAUUGAUGUUGAAUUUAGUGACGAAAUUAUCAAUGAAACUGCUUCUUAUUUAAUCCUUCGAUUAGUCACGACUGUCAGGCAGAAUAACAUUGUAAAAACCAGAGAAAGUGCUUCAAAGAUAAUGCUACAUACUCCAGCAUAA